AUAUCGAAUUUUACUCGGACCCAGGUAAUGAUGGUCCCGAUGACGUAACACGUGUAUGUGGAUUGAAAUUCAAACAAGACGCCGAAUUUUCCCGAGAAUUUGAUGCCAUGAUGGUUAGGUCACAUGACCUGGACUUUGCUGACCUAUUGAACUGUAAUUAUUCCCGCGCAUUGGGGGUUUGAAUGGAUGUCGUGGAACCGCCAUUGCAGCUUCAGAACAUUUCCGAACCACCAAUUUGUUUUAGUGUGACCAAUUCAAAAAUUAUCGAUUUUCUACUUGUUAUGGUUAGUCAUGAAUGAGUAACGAAUUUGUAUCAUUAGCAUAAAUGGAUAUGGUCUUGAUGAUUCUUUGGAAGGUGAUGAUGUGUACAAUGCAGAUUAUAAACUUACUCCACUUCAAAAGCUUGAAAAGUACAUGCAGAGUGAGAAUGUGUACACAAGACAAAUGGUUGCACGUGGGCUUCUGGACACACUGCGGGCAGUGGAAGAAACAGAGGAUGACGUGUUGCCAGUGUUUAAUGCCAUGGUUAAACUGUCACAAGACUCUGAUCCUAUUGUUCGGUCCGAGUUAAUGGAGCAAGUGCCCCAUUUAGCUGUUUAUUGUCAAGACAAUUCGGAUAUCUAUGAUAGGUCUAUUUCAUCUUAUCUUUUACCUAUGGUUGUGAGAUACCUUAAUGACCAAAAUAAUCAGGUUCGAAAAACAAGCCAGGCAGCUUUACUAGUCUUAAUGGAACAAGAACUUAUAUGUAAAGAGGACAUAGAACAACAAGUAGUGGGCGUUAUUCUGGACUUGGCCAGUCCUGACAGUUUAGACGAUUACAGAACAGAAGCUGUUGCUCUUAUGAGCAAAAUGGCCCCACUCCUUGGAAAAGACAUGACUGAACGUUUGUUCUUACUACGUUUCUGCGAAAUGUGUACAGACCCACUCUUUCAUGUGAGGAAGGUGUGUGCGGCAAACUUUGGUGAUAUGUGUAAAGUUGUUGGUCAAGACAACACAGAGCAGCAUUUGUUGCCUAAAUUUUAUUACUUGUGUGAGGAUGGAGUGUGGGGUGUUAGAAAGGCAUGUGCUGAGUGUUUUAUGGUGGUAUCAUGCUCCUGUUCCCAGGAUGUCCGUAAAGGAGAAUUAGCCAAUCUGUUUGUCAAUCUCCUCUGUGAUCUUUCUAGAUGGGUUCGUAUGGCAGCUUUUCAACAGUUGGGACCAUUCAUAUCGACAUUUGCUGAUCCAGGCUUAACUGGGUUGUACGUCAAUGAAGAAGGCAUUCUUAGUGUCCAAGCGGAACAGUUGCAUAACAUUGAAAAACUGAGAGAACUUGGAGAAAAAUUGGAGCAUGAGAGUAAACAAAUCCAAGCAAGUGGGUUAACAGAAGAAACAGAUGAGUUGGCAGAGGACCAGAGCCCAGAUAACCCCCAGAGUGAAACGCUAUCAAGUGAAGUCUGUGAUACGAACAUGGACCUCAGUGAAACUGACGACACAACAGAAAUAAUCAUUUCUACCUGUGCUACAAAGAAUAAUCCCUCAUCAGAUGGCGAGUUGUCUUUGGAAGAAAUACGAGCUCAAGAAUACCAGGCAAAAAAAGUGGAUGAGAGACUUGCCGAGUCUGGUUCUAAAUCUGAUGAAGCUGGAUCCAAGAAAGAAAACUGUGAUAAAUGUGAUACUGAGGAAACAGGUGCCCCUAGACAAGGAGAGGAGAACACCGAAAGUAUAUGUAGUGACGAGCCAAGUAACGAGGAUACCAAAGCCAGCUGUGAUUCCAUAGACCAGAACAAAUCAGAGAGUGAAAAAUCAAGCCAGGAAGACGUAGUGCAUAUACAUUCUGAUUCCUCAGUAAAUAACUAUGAUUCCUUUAAUUUCUGGCGUGACCCACUACCAGAAGUUAGUUUAGAUUUAGAUGUUUUAAAUGACAAUCAAGAUAUGGACAGAGUAAACGUAUCUUCCCGUACGGCCACGGAGAAUGAAUGUGAUACAAUCAACAGUGAUAUGGGUAGUAUAUCAUUGACGGAUUCUGUGAACUCUCCUCUCGGUACUUCUAAUCAUGGAGAGUCCAAAAGUCAAAUCCACACCGCCAGCAUUAGUUCUGUGUCUGAAGAGUCUGUCAGCCACAUUGGAAGUACACAUGUACUCGGCCAGAACCUGAAUGAAGUUAUGGAGGGUGUGGUACAUGAUUAUGGCUUUAUUGACAGUUUUUCUGAGCUGUCUCUAUUGCCUCUUACAGAUAUCAGUGGAUCUAGUCUGGGUUACAUUGACAGUGAUAGUUCACAGGAUAUUGUAGAGACAAUGGAUGAAGCUUCUUUGGCACAGAUGCAGGACAUUGUGCCACAGAGUCUGUUGGAGAGUUACCUAGGGAUGGUGGAUCCUUCCCGAGCCCAGACGGUCGACACGGAGAUCACCAAACACUGUGCCUACAAUCUACCAGCUGUAGCUUACACCUUAGGCAGAAAGAACUGGAACUGUAUCAAAGUAUUAUACGAUAAACUGGCCUCAGAUAUGCAGUGGAAAGUGAGGAGAACCCUGGCUUUCUCUAUACAUGAGAUGGCUAUCAUUCUUGGAGAUGACAUUACUCAUAGAGAUCUUGUUCCAGUAUUUGACGGAUUCCUGAAGGAUUUAGAUGAGGUCAAAAUUGGUGUUUUAAAACACUUGGCUGAUUUCUUGAGGCUCCUAAAACCAGAUGUGAGAAGGCAGUAUCUGACAAAAUUAUCAGGUUUUCUGAACACGGACAAUACCAGAAAUUGGAGAUUUAGACUGGAAUUGGCUGAACAGCUGAUCAUGACAUCCGAGUUGUUUUCUUCUGUGGAGAUCAGCCAGCACCUGCUGCCAAUUUGUCUGUCUCUAAUGGAGGACAAGGUGUCGGAGGUCAGAUUAGUGGCCUACAAACUGAUGAGUGCUAUGGUAAAGAGGCUAGCUUAUGAAGAUGAAAAAUUAACAGAAGGUUUGCUGAAUGAACUAGUGUCCAAAUUUGCAAAGAGCAACAAAUGGGUUUGCAGGCAAAUCUAUGUGCAGAUGUGUUAUGCUGUGUUGGAGGAUGAGUCGCUUCCCUUGGAUCUGUUUUCCAAACACUUGCUUCCAGUCCUGCUCAACAUAAGUCAUGAUCCUGUGCCUAAUGUUAGGCUUUCUCUUUCCAAAGUCAUGACGGAUCAGAUAAUUACAAGAGAAUACUUUACCAAUGAUGAUCACCCUCAACAUGCAGAGAUUCUGAAGACUUUGGAGCGAUUACAGACUGAUGGGGAUAGAGAUGUGAGAUAUUUUGCCAACCCAGUGCCAGAGAAUACCAGUCUCCUAGAUUAUGAGGACGAUGCUAUCGAGGAUAUUGAUGUAGAAACGUUGCCAGUUUAGUCAUGAUGGACUGUUCUACUCAGGGACCAACCAGUGAUAUGCAAUGUAUCUCACCACCAUCCCUAAUACUACAAACUGUUAUAAGCAUCUCGGAGGUGUCAUCCAGUAUGUUAAGGAUAUUUAAGCAAGUACAAGACAAACCUGUCCCUUUAAUACUGUUAAUUAAGUGAUUGUUACCCAAAUUAGCCAUGAUUUAUCUUUUUAUGUAUAACAAGAUUAACAGUGUCAAAAUAUUUGCAAAACUUAUUGUUAUUUUAUUGGGAAAACCUUUGUGAAUUUUAUAUCAUGAUGUUUUAUCAGAACAUGGCAAUAUGUUGUGCAAAAUUUAUUUAUUAUAAUAAUUUAUUUACUUUUAUUUCAAAAUGGUAUCAUAUAAAUUACAACACAUUGGAGGCCACUGUCACAUAUUGUAGAGAAAUAUCCAUGUUUUGUUUGUAUAUCCAUAUUUUCUUGUUUAAAGUUUUAAAUAGUUUUAAUUCCUCAUUGUGGAAAAAAAGAAGUGUUAAUGGAAAUGGUAAUUAAAUUGCAUUUGUUUGUUGUGCCAAAUGCUGCAAUAAUCUGGAUACGUGAGAGGAGAUUGUCCAAUGGACAAACUUUCUAGGAAUUGUAAUGUGGAUUGACUGAUGUGUGUUUCCUCUUAAUAUUCUGACAAAUUUUGAAAAUGCAUCUAAGUGGAAAUACAGUAAAACAUACUUAUAGCAAAGUGCCAGGGAUGAGCAAUAACAUAAUUUGUUAUUUCCGUUAAGUUCACAUUAUGUUUUAAAACCAGGGGGAUUGGAAAUAGCUUUGCUGUAAGUGUGAAUUCAUUAUUAUCAUUCAAUGUGUUUGUUAUAACUAUGUUUUACUGUAUAUCAUUCAUGUACUAAGUUAUUUCAAGGGUGAAUCUAUUGCUCAACUUCAAAUAAGGAAAAUACAAUUUGUAUGAAAUACUUCUAUCAUUACCAAUUGAUUGAGAUAUAUGCUAUAUAGAGGUGUAGCUUUUCAAGCAGAUUCCACUAAGAUUUAUUUGGAUAGAUUUAUUAAACAAGUAAACAAAGUCAUCCAUAAACUCUAUUAUUGAACAAAAUAUUUUUGGCUAUUGAAAAAAAAUAAAGGAACAUUGAAGGCUACACCAUUGAAGUGAUUAAAUCUUUUCUAGAGUGAUUUGAUAUUUAUAUACCUCUGUUCAGUUUGAUAAGUGCCAUAAAAUGGAAACAAAAGAAUAUUGGAACACCAGAAUAAUGAGUUGUGAACCAGUCAUAAGGGUAUGAUUGUGAUGUUUCAUGUCUUGGUCGAUUCCAAGAUGGGAUAAUAAAUUAUGUGUUUAAUGUCUUGUUACAGAGCAUGAAGGGAUAAGAAUAUUGAAACUGAUAUUUUAUAGAAAAUUUUUAAUGCCAUUGAUCUGUGAUUUUGUUGAUGAGAUUAUGCCAGUAAAACUGUAUUGACAGUAA